GUUUUAGAUAACAGAUGAAUGAGCCACAUCAUCAACAUCACACGAAUUGACGGUAUUUCAAAAAUGCUGCGUAAAUUUCUAAAAGUGAUAACUGUUUGUACUUUAUUCGUAGAUGUUGUACAAACAAGAGAGAAAAGAGCAGAAAAUUGCUGGCAAAGUGUUCAAUCAAUUUACGAUUACGGAGAUUAUAAUUUAUGGGGACGAGCAAUUCACUUUAAGAACUUUCAAGAUAACAUUUUGCUACUGGUAAAUGUCGCCACGUUCUGUGAAUAUUCAAGGCAAUAUCAAGGAUUAAAUAGACUACAAGUAAAAUACCACAAUAAAGAACGCUGUGGACUGAAGAUAUUUGGAAUUCCGUGCAAUCAAUUUGCACACAAAGAGCCUGGAAACGAUGCUGAAGAAAUUUACAACGGUUUAAGAUACGUCAGACCAGGAAAUGGGUUCGAGCCUAAAAUAACGUUACUAGAGAAACGAGACGUGAAUGGAAAUAAGGAAGACCCGCUUUAUACUUGGUUAAAGACCAGCUGUCCUUCACCCAAUCUCGCCAUCAACCAACUCUCGGACAUAACUUACACUCCAGUUCGCAAUAACGAUAUCAGUUGGAAUUUUGAAAAGUUUCUUGUAAAUCACAAAGGGAAACCAUGGAAACGGUUUACGUCAGCCGUGGAGCCCGAAGAAAUGAUUGAGGAAAUUGAGAAACUUAUUGAAAUGUGCAAAUCAUGACUUCGAUAAUAUCUCCAUUCAAAAGUAACCUGAACGUCAAUAGAGAAACAACUUUUGCAUUUAAAGAGAAAAAGUUAUAAGUUAAAAUGUAUAUAUUGUAAGAAUUAUAUUGGACUAACUCAUUUAACGUGAGUCGAACAUUGUAGGCUAAGGAGAACAAGAAAAAACAAUUGGUUGUAUGUACAAUACUUCAUUUAAUUUGGUUGUAUGUAUAAUACUUCAUUUAAUU